CGGCUGCCGCGGGGCCGGCCCGGCUGGGCUCCCUCAGGCCGGCGGCAGAGCGAGCCCGUGGCCCCGCGGUCACAGUCGGUGGGGCCGGGGCGCUGGGCCCUGCCCAGCCCAGGCAGACACGGGCGUUUCCCUAGCUCCGAAGCGGCGCUGCUGCUGGGACCGAGCAAGGCCCGGCCCCCGCGGCCUGGUCCCGCUGCGGGCACGGAGCUAAACGCGGGAAGAGGGUAUGCUAUGACUGGUUUCAGUCUGCCCGUCACCGCCUUUAGAAAACUAAAUGUCUGGCUUGGAGUCUGGGAGAAAUUCCCCUCUAAUAAACUCUGCAUGUCCUGGAGGAGAUGUAUAUACUCUAGCCACCAAUCCAGUAUAAUAAACUACAGAAAACACUUCAGCAUUUCUCCUGUGAAACAUGAUGUAUUUUUAAGACUGCCUUCACAAUGUAUUUCAGUACCUUGUGUACGACUUAAAAGUGACAAAAGUUCUAGAAAGAAAAAACAAACCCUGCAAGAGGAGGAGGAAGAUGAGGAGGAGGAGGAUGAAGAAGAGAGAAGUGAUUCAGAAGAUGAAUUUGAAAAUGACCCCAAUAUAGUGAAAGGUUACAAGGAUCUUGCCAAAGUAGUCCAGUCUUUUCGUUAUGAUAUAAUAAUAAAAUGUGGUCUAGAUAUUGCAAGAAACAAAGUGGAAGAUGCAUUCUAUAAUGGUGAACUCAGGCUGAAUGGAGAAAAAUUGUGGAAGAAAAGCAGAACUGUGAAAGUUGGUGACACACUGGAUCUCAUAGUAGGGGAGGAUAAAGAAACAGAAACUGCUGUAGUUAUGCGAGUUGUCUUAAAAAAAGCAUCAGAAAAGACUGAAAGUGAAAAAUACAAAGUGGUUUUGCGGCGCUGGAAAAGUUUAAAAGUGCCCAAGCAGGAUGUAUUUAAGUGACAAGGAUUUGCAUAUGGCAGCAUGAGACUUCUUGUGGAAAACCAUUUCAUUUGUUGCUAAAUAUGAAUUUUGAGGAAAUAAAAUUCUUGCACCCUUUUUAAGGGCUUGUGAUAGAAUGUUAUCUCCUUGCCAUAUGCACCAUUCAUAUCUUGUGAUAGUCUGUCAGUUUACUCUGUUCUAUUCAUUUUUGUUUCAUGGUAAAUUGGAAAAAGCUUUAUUUCCAGACAAUUUUCCUAAAGAAGAUAUAUAAUGGUUGGGUAAAGGCUAGAUAGAUCUCAAUUACUUGACAGUUGUCUCUGAUUUUGUUAAUCAAAAUGACUCUGUUGAAACUAAGGCUGGUCUCAUAACAAGUGGAAGAAUGUUUCUGGCUGUGGGACUUUAAUUUUCUAACCUUGUACCUCAGCGGUGUCACUCUAGGACAAUGAACCUCUCUCAAAUCUAAAAACCCAAAGGAGGGAGACAGGAUGACUUAAUAGCUUUUUCCUUCCUAUGGUCACUGAUUUUAAUCUGAUUCAAUUGAUAGUGACAGAGUUACUACCAUCUGAUUCUUGUCAGUUGCCUCUGUGAAAUGUGGUAGCGGUCAUGUCCAUAUUACUACUGGCCAGUUUGGCUAUUUUAGAGUGACCAGGAAUUAACUGGGGAAUGUCUGAGGAGACACUCACGUCACGACUGAGGCACAUUGGAAGAUCAGAAAGAGGGAGCUUACACUAUUAUCACUUUAUAUUGUAUAGUAACUGUGCAAAACAGGAGUGGAAGAUUUCAGCCUCAUGCCCUCAAUUAAUUGAAUAUUAACUAAAGAGUACUUAAUGCUUAAACUGGGAGUUAGUUGUACAGCGUUCUUCCAAGACCUGUACAAGGAUGAUAAUAAAAAGGAAAAAAAUUUGCUGAAAAUCUCAUGUCCAUCUUUCUUUCUUAGCACAAACACUUAGUGAGAAAUGCUUCAUUUAAUGACAGUUGUACAUAAUCACAGGCACACUGUCGCUAUUCUGAGAAUAGUCUUGUAUUUCGUAUCUUAAGUGAAAAAAACAAUUAAAAAGGAAGUUUUCUUAUCUUAAAGGUUGGGGCAAAUCUCAUUCCUUUGUCAAUGGUGUAAAGACUGCAGGAUCUGGCCCUCCAGAUUCAAAUUCUUCGUUAACACAAGAGUGAGAGUGCACUGGAUGGCAGUAGCAUCGCUGAAAAAACAUAGUGUACGAACUAGAGUAAUUUAUCAUAUCUUUUUCUAAAAGGAAGUAAUCUGACGUAAUAUAUAAUUACACAAUAACCUUGUUAUUUUCCCCCCUUUUCUUUCAAUAAACUGUAGAGCCACACUGGCAUAGUAUUUUCA